AUGCCAGCCGGUCAAGGAACGAAACGAAAAGGCCGCAUACCGGCCGGUCAUGGAUCCACGGGACACGGCUACAUCGCGCACUGGCGCGGAGGUGACUACCCUCGUGGUUACAAGCCCAUCGGGUUUCCGCCGCGACCGCCAGGGGAGGAAACGGAGGCGGAUGGAUCGACGCGCGUGGCGUUGGUGCACGAGUUGCUCAGAAGUCACUCUCGAGCGCUGCGCGGGUGCCUUUGGAGCUUCGACACGACCCCGAUAUUCGGACCGAGCACUCCGGACAAUCUUAAAUGGCGAACGACCAUGAACAUGCCAGAGCUGCUACGUAAGAAGGGUAUGCCGCAGACGGAGUUUGACGAGUUCAUUCGAGACGUACAAAGAGGUUGGCUCCGCGCCGCGCCGGCUUUCUCCAUCAAGUGCGCCGCUUUGUCCGCCGCCUCAUGGGCCUUUCUCCCGUUCGGUGCGUGCUGUUUUUGCUAUCUUGCAUGCCAUCCGACGACGAUGGAACGAUUGGCAGACACGGUGGAGAGCGCACUCGAAGCGCGAAACGAGACUUGGCGCGCCAACUAUCAGGUUGAGGUCUGGAUCGAUCGCGAUGUGCAGUACCUGCGGCCGCCAGGGGGUGCCGACGACGUCGAUAAGCGGUUCGAAUUUCAAUCUCGAGAAUGGAUCGGUAACGUCUUGGUGAUUUCGCCGGUGACGGGGUCGUAG